AUGGUCGGAAGACAGACGGUCCGAACGGACAGCGGCGGUGCCCCCGUGACCCUCAUGGACGAGAGUCCCGCUUCCAGCCCCAGCUCCAGCCCCAGCCCGGACGGCCGCCGGCGGGAGGUGCAGCGGCCCGGCAGGGCGGUCCCGGCCGGAGGAGGGGCGGCGCUCGGCGGUGGCCGGGGCCGCCCGGCGGCGGCCAACGCGGCGCGGGAGAGGAGCCGGGUGCAGACCCUCCGGCACGCCUUCCUGGAGUUACAAAGGACUCUGCCGUCCGUGCCGCCGGACACCAAGCUGUCCAAGCUCGACGUGUUGAUACUGGCCACCACCUACAUCGCCCACCUGACACGGACGCUGCAGGAGGAAGGAGGCGCGGAGGAGGGGGAGAGCGCCAAGCAGACGGAGGCGCUGCACUCGCUGAAAGGCGACGGGUACCUGCACCCGGUCAAAAAGUGGCCGAUGAGAUCCAGACUGUACGUGGGCGCCAGCGGGCACUUCCUCAACGCGUCGCAUCCGUCCGAGUCCGAGAACCAGGGCCCGUCGUCGUCCUCCGGGUCGCAGUAG